CCCUGUCUCCCUCCCUCCCUCCCUCUCUCCAGCUGGGUACGGUCUCCGGUUAGCCGCCGGCGCGUUUGCUGCUUAGUUAGUACUGCGCGUGAUGGUGCGGCGGAAGACGGUGAUUGAGAGGAUCGAGGACACGACGAGCCGGCAGGUGACCUUCUCCAAAAGGAAGGGCGGGCUGUUCAAGAAGGCCAGGGAGCUGGGCGUCCUCUGCGACGCCCAGGUAGGGAUCCUCCUCUUCUCCAACACCGUCCGCCUCUACGAGUACUCCAACUCCAGCUCCGGGGUUAAUUCUAUAAUUGAAAGAUACCAGAAGGUUAAGGAGGGCCAACAAUUCAUGAGUCCGAGCGCUGAGGCUAAGUUUUGGCAAGCGGAGGCAGAGCGUCUGAGGCAACAACUACAUAACUUGCAAGAGGAUCAUAGACAGUUGUUGGGACAAAAUCUGCCUGGCUUAGGUUCGGAAGGCUUGAAGGAUCUAGAGAAUCAACUGGAAACAAGCAUACAUAACAUUAGGCUAACGAAGGACCAACUUAUGAUUGAUGAAAUUGAAGAGUUAAACAAGAAGGAAAGCCUCGUGCACCAGGAAAAUAUGGAGCUACACAAGAAACUGAACAUCAUUCGCCGACAGAAUUUAGAUUUGCAAAACAAGUUAAAUGGCCAGGUGGAACUAAACGAGACAAUUACAAGUUCUUCUUGCCAGUACAACAUUGCUGCUGAGCUGAUCCAGUUUGUGUGCAACUCAGCCAUCCCCACAUGCAGAAAGGGAUGA